GAAGGGAAUUCCCCCAAACAAUAUAAUGAAGCCACGCCCACAUGUCUUAUCGUCAUUAUAUAUUUGCUGCCGAGUUUGACGUUCUUAACACUCCAGAAAAAUGGAAGAAGAGAAGAGAAUAGGAAACCGUGACAAAGGAUGGAAUGAUCCUCCAAGCUUUGCUUAUGACAAAGCUUCUCAGGCUCAAACUACACCAAGGAAAAACCUACUUAAUCAAAGGGUGGCUAUGCCUCAGAACUAUCCAUUACCCUCUGGCACUGGUCAGCCACAUUCCACAUCUCCACCUGCAGCAAACCUCCCCCCUCCCUCUGGCCCUCCUUCAUCCACUGGCCCUCCCCCAUCUACCGGCCCUCCCCCAUCUACCGGUCCUCCCCCAUCCACUGGCCCUCCCCCAUCUACAGGUCCUCCUCCAUCAGGGCCAACCAGAGCCAUCCAACAUGUGACAUCAUCAGGGAAAUCCCCUGUUUGUGGUGAUGGAGAUGGAGAGGAGGUUUCAUGUGAAGCUACUGUCACUUUGUUCAGAAAGGUCUUUGAACAAUGCCAAGAAAAACUACAGAAACGUGUGAUAUCCGACAUUGAGAGAAGACUCAAACUGUUACAGGACUCGUGGCAGAAUAACAAACUGUCUUCACCCGUCCAAAGGAGGACUGCCAAGAUAGCUUCAGAAUUAAAUGCCAGAAGGUAUGACAGUGCUCAUGAAAUUCAUAUAUCUUUGAUGAUAGACCAUGUCAGUGAGGUAAGUCAAUGGAUGGUUGGGAUCAAGCGAUUAAUCCAUGAGGCAAGGACGAUUCUACCACUCCAGGAGGUAGAAACACAGGACAGUAAUGUUACUAGUACCGAGGAUAGACCAAGAACUAUAGAACAGGACCAGAAACCAUCUUCUGUUCCUACUGCCAAGGGUGAUGCAGACUCAUCUGUAGGGAGUCCAGGUCCAGAGGAGAGUGAUUGUAAAGAAGAAACAAAGAUAGAAACUAAAGAGGAGGAUGCCACAAAAGAAAUAGAAAAUUUAGACAUCAAUCAGAGUUGAGACAUGAUUAAUUUUUAAAGAAGAUUCAGCGAGAGCUUGUGGAACUAGAAGAAAGAAUACCAUUAAUUGAAGCAGUGCAGGAGAUGGGUAAAUUGCACUGCCGGUGUCGAUGUUGGAAGUUUUAUCCAUAAAUUUCUUCAUGGAUUCCAUCCGCAUCGUUCUUGCUUAUUUCAUCACAGCAGCUGCUCAUGAAUAUUAAUGACUAUAUUAAUUAAUGCAUUGCCUACAGGAACAAGGUUGUCCCUUAAUUAAACCUAUGGGAGUGAAUGAAUGAGCAGUUCAUGGGUUAAAGGUAA